UGUCGAUCAGCCAUUUUGUUGGAGGUCAACAUUUGUUUAGGAUGAGGAUUUUUUUUUAAAAGGCAGAUUACUGAAGACGGUGUUAUUAUUUUAACCCAAAAACACAACUCUCUUGUUGUUAUUAACGCCUUCCCACCCCAGGCUCAGUUUCUAAAAUCGCCAUCUUUAUACACUUUUUCCGGGCUCUGAUGAAAUAGUCGUCUUUGCUUUCGCCUGGUUCAGUGGCCAUCUUGGUACUCCCAUCGCUGAUAGGGCAAUGGAGCCGAUGACGUAUGCGGAAGUUUCAAGCAGGACCGGUUUGAGCGGUGUUUAUGUUGAUCUGUUUCUGCGUUGGUUCAUCUCGGUUCCUGAGUGAGACUGCGGACAAGAAGAACAUGGAUGACAGGAGCUGCUUGGGCUUCGGGCCCUAUUUAAUACUGAUAUCACUGCUCCUAGGAUUGGUUUUUAUUGCAGCUCCUCUUGCUCACAGCAGGCAACUCCGCUUUGUUACUCUGGUUUACCGUCAUGGCGAUCGAUCCCCAGUACAUGGAUAUCCAGCAGAUGUGCAUAAGGAGAGUGCCUGGCCGCAAGGUUAUGGACAGCUCACUCAGGUUGGAAUGAAGCAGCAUUGGGACCUCGGACAAGAGCUUCGUGCUCGCUAUAAAGGGUUCCUUAAUGAGUCCUAUAACAGACACGAGAUUUAUGUACGGAGCACGGAUGUGGAUCGCACACUAAUGAGCGCAGAGGCCAACCUGGCUGGUCUAUACCCGCCGAAAGGUUCCCAGAUCUUUAAUCCAAACAUUCCCUGGCAGCCUGUACCAGUACACACCGUACCUGAAUCUGAGGACCAGCUUCUGAAGUUCCCAUUGACCAACUGCCCUGCAUAUGUGAAGCUGCAGGAGGAGACGCGUCAGUCUGUUGACUACAUUAAUAUGACUAGAGACAACAAGGGUUUUCUAGAGAUGGUGGCCGACAACACCGGACUAUCUGACUGCAGUUUAGAGUCUGUCUGGUCCAUCUACGACACCCUGUUCUGCGAGAAAACGCACAACUUUUCUCUUCCAACAUGGGCAACCACCGGCGUCCUAGCCAAGCUGAACAAAUUAAAGGAUUUCAGCUUCGUCUUCCAAUUUGGGGUCCAUGAGCGCGUCAAGAAAGCUCGUUUGCAAGGAGGUUUGCUGGUGGAUCAGAUUCUGAAGAACAUAACGGCAGCAGCUGAUUAUGCCACCAAUGGCCUUAAACUUAUUGCAUAUUCUGCGCAUGACAGCACCCUAGGAGCGCUACAGAUUGCUCUCAAUGUCUACAAUGGAAAACAAGCCCCAUAUGCUUCCUGUCAUAUUUUCGAGCUAUUCGAGGAAGCUUCUGGGGACUUCACAGUUCAGAUGUAUUUCAGAAACGAAAGCGGUAAAACACCAUAUCCAGUGUCGCUGCCAGGUUGCGCCCAUGCCUGCCCUUUGGAAGACUUCCAGUCCUUGCUGCAGCCUAUUGUCACUCAAGACUGGAAAAAAGAAUGUCAGGCCGGUGGUUCCGUAAUCAGCAAAGAAGCGAUCAUUGGUCUCUCUGUAACUGGAGUCUUUCUUUUUAUCUGCGUCGUUCUGAUUUGCAUAUCAUCGAGCGACGACAGCGAUGACAACGACGACAACGGUUACCAGCACGUCGACGAUAAUGGAGACGACGACAGUGCAGACGAUAAUGGAGACGACGACAGUGCAGACGAUAAUGGAGACGACGAUAAUGGAGACAACAGUUUAGACGACGACAGUCUAGACAACAAGAGUGUAGACGACAACAGUGAUUAAGUCAUCCUGGGACUCCUGUUUUUUUAAUACUAGCCCCGAAAAUGUGAAUUUUAUCCUAGCAACCAGCCUGGGCAUUGUUUUUAUAGUUCGGAUUUUAGUCUUUUAAUUUGUUAAAAAAAAUAAGAUACAAAUGUGUGUGUUAAAGCACAUUAUAAAGGGACUACGGCAACAGAUCAAUGCAAUAUCGGGCCUCGAUAACCCCAAACGUCACUGAAAUUCAGAUCAGAGGCCGUGAACUCUGCAGUAUUAUUAUUAUUACAUAUAUAUAUAUUUAUAUUCCAUGGUACUGAAAUAACUGACAUGGCAGAGUUUAGACCACAGAGAGAAUGUCGCUGGACAUUCAGAAUAAUCGUUUUGUGCAAUUCCUUCUCUGCGCUGGCUGCAGAGGAGGGACCCAAACCCUAAUACUGUUAUAGGGGUGCUGUCUCCCUUCCCAUUACAGACCGUUCCAGAGACCGUCAUCAACACUACUGUUUUAAAGGAUAAGUAAACCUUAAAAACAAGUGAAUAUAAAAUAGAUGAGGGGGCUAUUCUAAGCACUUUUUCAAUGUACAUUCAUUAUUUAUUUAUUUUAAAUUCCAAGAUAUUCAGGGAUACAUGUGCUGUUAAUAUGAAUGAAUUGUGUUAUAACAGCUCCACCUGCUGGUCAUUUUCUGACCACCAAGUAGUCAAGGAAGUUGUCAGGAGAAAUAAAGAAGCUGCUCUGAUGUUCUUCUGCUUAGGAAAAAAAUUAGAAAACAUUUCUCACAUCUUUCCUAAGCAGAAGAACAUCAGAGCAGCUUCUUUCUUUCUCCUGACAACUUCCUUGACUACUUGGUGGUCAGAAAAUAACCAGCAGGUGGCGCUGUUGUAACUAAAUUCAUUCAUAUUAACAGCACAUGUAUCCCUUAAUAUCUUGGAAUUAAAACAAAAUAAAUAAUAAAUGUACAUUGAAAAAGUGCUUCAAUUUUAUAUUCACUUGUUUUUAAGGUUUACUUAUCCUUUAAACACCCACCCAUGGGGGUUUCUGAUGUUGCAAAUACUACUUUUUAACAAGAUGUAAAAGGAAACAGUAGUUUGUGUUUGUUUCCAUAGACCCGCUGGGGAAUCGGCAUCACUUUCUUUACUAAAGGGACAUUUUUUAAGGGGUAACAGUCCCCCCCCAUUUUUGACAUGCAUUCAUACAGUUGGGCGUAUGUGGGGAAAGAAAAGGGCAUCAGAACUAGCUGAAGAACCCAUGAUAUAUUUAUUUAUAUUUUUUUAUUAGAUUAGAUGGAAAUGAUUCCUUGAUUGAGCGGAAACCAUGAUGGUCUGUCUGUGACUCGCAGGGACCAUUGCUCCACCCUCCUCAGGCUGGAAGUCGUUUAGCCACUCCCUCGUUUCAUAAGGUUUUUUUUAAUUGGCUGUGCACGGAUUUAAUGGAAAGCAGUGGGACUUCAAGUCUCGGAAUUAAACAUAGGAGGAGUGGCUGAAAGACUGUGAGCCUGAGGGCGGGGAAAAGGUCCCUGCGAGUCACCAGCAGACCAUCAUGGUUCCCUCUCAUGUAUAUUUUUAGCAGUUCCCCCAUAGGGAAAUGAAUUGUCCAUUCCAAGUGCCAUUCACUCGGACAGUUACAUUUCCGCGACUUUGGUUUUUAUGUGGCGGCAGUUGCAAGCACAACUGUCCAGACUGUUUCUUUUUUGCACUUUGAUUUUAGCGAUUUGUAAUUUAAGGUUUAUGACUUGAAGUCCUAGUUUGUACCAAAUAAAGACGGCCCCGAGCCUUCACUUUA